AUGACGGGUGCCGAUGCCGGAUGCGGAUCCGGAGCCGGAGCCGAGGCCCCGCCCAGCCACGGCCCUCUCCGGCCCGCUCACGACCCCACCAGCACCGACGUCGACAAUCCAUCUGCCGAUGCCGACGACCGAUCAGCCAAGCCGAGGCGAGACGGCCGCCGUGGCGAUCCAUACGGCACAUUUGCUGCCGGCAACCUCCUUCAAAGCCCAGUUACUGAAGGCCCCGCCGACGAGGGACCCGCUCCGGCCCGCGAGCCAUCAAAUGCCGAGGCGGCGAAACGGCCGCAGCGGGCGCUCGCGCCGGACCUCCUACGCGGCCUUCUCAUGCUCCUCAUGGCCCUCGACCACACCUCCAUUUCCCUGCACAUAUGGUCCCACGGUACCGGCCGCACCUCCGAGUCGGACGGUAUCGUCGUCCGGCACUUCAACUUCCCGACCGCCUACGUCAUACGCACCCUCAGCCAUCUCUGCGGCGCCGGCUUCACCUUUCUUCUCGGCAUGGGCGUCGUCUACCUCGGCCGGUCGCGCAAGAAGCUUGGAUGGUCGACGGGCCGGCUGGUGCGGUACUUUGCCGUCCGCGCCGCCGUCUUGACGCUCGUCUCCACCGUCUUCGGUUUCGUCCUCACCGCCGGCAAGGUCUGGUUCCUCAACAUGGUCCUCUUCUCCCUCGCCGUCAACUACUUUCUCGCCGGCCUGCUGUGGCUGCUCUUUAACAAGACCGAGACGCUCCUGACCGAGACGCUCCUCAGCGGCGCGAAGCGGGGGGUCGGCGUCACCGAGGAGGAGGACGUCGAGCAGCCGCUCCUGACGCAACGAGGGUAUGAUUCCACCUCGAUCUCAAACACCCUGGCCGCGUCCGUCUCGUGGCAUUUUCACAACGCCAUGCUCUUGGCCAUGAGCAUCGUCACCAUCCUGUGGAACAUAUGGCUCUCCGAGAACCACGGUCACUGCCUGUCGACGCCCCUGAUGGCCCAAUCCUCGGUCGGGGCUCAGACGAUCCCUCAGAAUCCCUUGCUUCGCAUCUGGUUCUGGCCCGUCAUGGGACUCAGGGUCCUCUCGGGCUUUCCACCGCUCGCCUGGCUAUCCUUUGCCACCCUCGGACUGCUUUACGGACGCAUCAGCGUCUCGAAGGCGUGGAACCCGCGCACGUUCGCCGCCUGCCACGCGUUUGCCGCUGUCCUCUUCGCCACCGUUUUCGUCCUCACCCGCCUCCUCCGCUGGGGCAACCUCUCCGAGGGCUGUCUCCGGACAGAUGCGCAGCAGAGUCACCCCGGCUCAAAUCCGUACCUCGUCUCGGCCACCUCCUUCUUCUACCUCGUCAAGUACCCGCCCGACGUGGCCUUUUGGUCAUUCACCAUGGCCGGGAACCUCGGCCUUCUCGCCUUCUUCGGCGCCCUGCCCGUGCGCUUCGCCUCGCGCCUCACGCUUUUGCUAGACCUCGGCACCGCUGCGCUCUUCUUCUACAUCCUUCACAUCCUCGUCAUUUUUGCCCUUGGAAUGGCUCUGGUCGCGCGCUUCGGACAUGACACGGGCAUCGCAGACCCCAUGGACCCGGGCAACACGCGCGGCAUCGAUAGCCUGCUCGUGUACUUUGCCUUCUGGGCCGCCGCAAUCCUGCUGCUGUGGCCUCUGUGUCGGGCCUACAGCCGUUUCAAGAGCCGGCAAUCUUCCGACUCGAUAUGGCGCUUCUUUUGA